GAGUGGCAGUUGAGGAAGCCUAACCGCCAUGUUGAGCCGAGGUGGCCGGAGCUGCUGGCCCUGUCGAGGCCGAGCCCGAGCCCAAGGGCGGAAUCCACUUUCCCUGACCUUAAGUGGCCUGAGCAACUUGCAUCUUAAGGAGGAGAAAAUCAAACCAGAUGCCAAUGGUGCUGUUGUUAAAACCAGUGCUAAUGCAGAGAAAACAGAUGAAGAAGAGAAAGAGGACAGAGCUGCUCAAUCUUUACUCAACAAGCUCAUCAGAAGCAAUCUUGUGGAUAACACCAACCAAGUAGAAGUCCUGCAGAGGGACCCAAACUCCCCUCUCUACUCAGUGAAGUCUUUUGAAGAGCUUCGCCUGAAACCACAGCUUCUUCAGGGUGUCUAUGCUAUGGGUUUCAACCGUCCAUCCAAAAUACAAGAGAAUGCAUUGCCUUUGAUGCUUGCUGAACCCCCACAGAACUUAAUUGCCCAAUCUCAGUCUGGUACUGGUAAAACAGCUGCCUUUGUGUUGGCCAUGCUCAGCCAAGUAGAGCCUGCAAACAGCUAUCCCCAGUGUCUCUGCCUCUCUCCAACCUAUGAGCUUGCUCUUCAAACAGGAAAAGUGAUCGAACAGAUGGGCAAGUUUUACCCCGAACUGAAGCUAGCUUAUGCUGUUCGAGGCAAUAAAUUGGACAGAGGUCAGAAGGUCAGUGAGCAGAUUGUCAUUGGCACUCCCGGGACCGUCCUGGACUGGUGCUCCAAGCUGAAGUUCAUUGACCCCAAGAAGAUCAAGGUGUUUGUUCUGGAUGAGGCUGACGUGAUGAUAGCAACUCAGGGCCACCAAGACCAGAGCAUCCGCAUCCAGAGGAUGCUGCCCAGAAACUGCCAGAUGCUGCUCUUCUCUGCCACCUUUGAAGACUCAGUGUGGAAGUUUGCCCAGAAGGUGGUCCCAGACCCCAACAUCAUCAAACUUAAGCGUGAAGAGGAGACUUUGGACACCAUCAAACAGUAUUAUGUCCUUUGCAAUAACAGAGAGGAGAAGUUCCAGGCCCUGUGCAACCUGUAUGGGGCGAUCACCAUCGCCCAAGCCAUGAUCUUCUGCCAUACCCGCAAAACAGCUAGCUGGCUGGCAGCAGAGCUCUCCAAAGAGGGCCACCAGGUGGCUCUGCUGAGUGGAGAAAUGAUGGUGGAACAGAGGGCAGCUGUGAUUGAGCGCUUCCGGGAAGGCAAAGAGAAGGUCCUGGUAACCACCAACGUGUGUGCCCGUGGUAUUGAUGUUGAACAAGUGUCUGUCGUCAUCAAUUUUGACCUUCCUGUGGAUAAGGACGGGAACCCAGACAAUGAGACCUACCUGCAUCGCAUCGGGCGCACGGGCCGCUUUGGCAAGAGGGGUCUGGCAGUAAAUAUGGUUGACAGCAAGCACAGCAUGAAUAUCCUCAACAGAAUCCAGGAGCAUUUUAAUAAGAAGAUAGAAAGAUUGGACACAGAUGAUUUGGAUGAGAUUGAGAAAAUAGCCAACUGAGAAGCUUCACCAGCGACUGGCGCCACCCUCAGCACUGUCCCUGCCUGGGAGCCUCGUGCUUUCAUGGCAUAGGCCUUGACAGGCACCGCAAAGACCAAGGCCUGAGUAGAGACUACCUACCUCAUUCAGAAUUACGUUUGGACUUGACAGAAAUUUGUGUAAAUGAUGGGGGAUGGUAGAAAAUUUGUUUACACAACUUUGGAAGAUUAGGCAUGAAUACACAGAAAUUUACCUUUUAGAAGUUCCGCCUUUUUUUUUUUUUUUUUUUUUUUUUUUGGCCAGUAUUUCUUCAUCGUUACUUAGUCUAGAUAAUAUGCCCAAGAUUCCUUAUGACACACCUUAGCUCAGAGCAUGCAGACCAGCCAUGUGGAAGUGACCACACAGGAGAAAAGAUGGUUCACAAAGGCAGAGUCCCCAAGUAGCAUAGGAUGUUAGCCAGUCCUGGUUUCAUGAGGACGUCAUGAGGAGCUGGCUGACCUGUGAGCUGCUGCUUAGGACUUGGUGUGCCAUGAGUAAGCUGAGUUACCAGAGCACUACUAACUCAUUCCAGGAAGAAAUUUACGGUGUUGGACCAAAAUGCCUUUGGGGCCUUUUUAUUCAGGUUUGUGCCUCAGGAACAUGACCUGUUCUUUUCUGCAGGUAGCAAUCUGUGUGCAGUACAAAUCUGGUUAUUGGUUGGUUCUGAGCUCAUACUUUUGCAAGACCAGUGGAAAAGUCAUCACGAAAAACCGUGUCAUGGGUUACUUGCACCAUCGUUUUUUACAUCUGUAACAUCACCUUAACCCUUACCAGUGCCAGCCAAAUAAAAGGGUGCCUGAGAUUUAGAUACUCA